GGUAAGAGCCAAUCACAUUCGAUUGUCAUAAAGCAGUUUCAAGCAGUUUGUUCCGAUCAGCUGCUCGUCUCAUUAUCGCGCUGACACAGUACUGAAUUGCGGAACGCAGCUAAGAAGUCUGUAGCUUCACCAGGUUGACUUUGACUUGACAGUACCUGGUCAUUGUUGGUCAUUGUUGAAUGUACUGAUGAGAACUUAACCUGUUAGAAGUCUCUUCUGACGUUUACCUUGAGGCAAUUCCUGUCUUUCCGAUGUUAUAAUAUAUUAAAAAUGUUUAUUAAAGAUCUUUCACUCUACACGUUUCUUCACAAACAAAUUGGGCAAUUCCGAAGUCUUGAGAGUAACUUUUGCGCGUUUUUUGUUUUCGACGAAAAGGCGGUAAGGAACCAGCCUCUUUCUGGCAUUUAUAAACUUGAUACAAAAUUAGGCAUGCGGUUGAUGCAUGCUAUAUUGUCAAUUAUAACGAAGAAACUCUUUCGAAUGAGCGUCUUAUAAUUUCUCUGUGUCUACCAUGAGUGAGGAAUGCAGGAAGAUAGUGACCAGAUUCCAUCCUAUUCAUGGUGAGAAUAUUCGUUUGUGCGAGGACAGUACAGUAGCGGUGCGCACCACGAGUUUUGCCAACUCGGUGGCUUUCAGUGAGAAGCCACUACAGCCAGGAGAGAUCUUUCUUGUGGAGAUAGAAAAGACUGAGAGAGGAUGGAGUGGACAUAUGAGGCUAGGGCUUACUUUGAUUGAUCCGGAUUCGGUCAAUCAUAGCCUGCCUCAGUAUGCUAUGCCCAAUUUGGUUAGAUUAGGCAAUACAUGGAUUCUUGCUAUAACGAGAAAUCAAACAAUUUGGGAUAAUUUUGUUGAUGGUGGCCUGCCGUGCACAUAUACUUCUCUUGCUGGUAAGUCACCAGGAAUACCAGCUAGAGAGAAAAAGUUAGUCACAGAUGGGAUCAAUGUCCAGACAUCACGUGGUGUUAUUCCUUUUAAUGCUCUAAAACCUAACAUAGAUGGUCCUUCUCAAUGUAUCUUACCUACUGAUGCUGGUAGUCGCAUUGGUAUUAUGUACGUACCACAAGCUGGAUGCCCUGACAAAGCUGAGAUGCAUUUUAUCAUUAAUGGUGAAGAUCAAGGUGUAUGUGGAAAGGAUAUCCCUUAUAAAGCUGGUCCCUUGCGUGCAGUGGUGGAUGUCUACGGUACUACAAAACAAGUUCGAAUAGUUCAGUUAUAUGGAGUAUCGACACUGCAGAGUGCAUGCCGUGAUGCUAUAUUGCAGUAUACUAAGAGGAAUGCGGUCAAUUUACUCCCUCUGCCGAAAUUAUUGAAAGAAUAUCUGUUGUAUCAAUCAUAGUAAGAACUGAUUCAUUCCAUUUGUAUACGCUUUUUUAUACACUGUUUGUGAAAUUUUGGUUAGUUUUCUUUCUCUCAUUGUCCAAUACAAUUUUGUAUACAGGCAUAAUAUAUAUACUUAUUUCUAUAAUAAGAAUAGAAAAGAUUGCAUACUUCAACAAAGAUUUUCUUUCAUAUAUGGAUAUUCUAUUAUGAAAUCAGUCAACAUAGUCGUAAUAUACUAUUCUUCUUUUGUGGUUUAAUUGUUCUUUAAAUGGUCUGUCUUAAGAGAAAAUACUGAAUUAUUAAUGUGUACAUAAUGUAACGAAAUGUUGAUUGUUGCAGGAACGCAAAAUUCUGUGAGAUUGUAAUGAACAUUUAGUUGUAAAUAUUUGGAAAUAAGUAUUUACACAAUGUGUAAAAUUUGUAUCUAUUUUUUGAUUAGUUAUUUGUUUUUUUGAUAUCUAUUCAGAUUCAUUUAUUAUUACAUGAUAAUACAAAAUUUAUGUUAAUACAUAAAUUGUUUCUGAAGUAAUGAGAAUGAAUGAUAUUAAUAUAUAAAGUAUCUCCAAAGCAAUGUUU